AUGGAAGUCAACACACUCCUAGCGCUGGCACAGAAUGCGGUGGAUGUGGGAAACAGUAAGGCCGCUGAGGAGUUUUUUGAGGUUGCAUUGACACGUAGUCCAAACAACAUUGACGUCCUGGAGGCAUACGCGGAGCUGUUGAUCCACCAUGCCCAGGAUGUUCCUCGGGCGAAGCAAAUGCUGCAGCACGCCAUCGAAUUGGACCCACAGCGUGGCUAUGUAAAUUACCUCAACCUUGCUCAAUUGUCUGAUGCGGACGAGUCUCUGGAGUGCUAUCAACGUGCUCUGCAAAUAGUUUAUGGGGAACUGCGCUCAUGCAGGAAAAAGAGAAAGCGGAAUACUUUGAAUGAAACUCUUUCCACGAUUUACUGUGCCAUUGCCGAGCUUUAUUUAACCGACCUGUGCUAUGCCCCUGAUGCAGAACAACACUGUGAAGAAUCUAUCGUUCAGGCGUUAAAAUGCAAUGGACAGAGUGUGGAGGCUCAUCAGCUGCAGGCUUCGCUGCGUCUUAGUCAAAACCGCCCCGAGGAGGCCCUGCAGUCUCUGCGCCACGCGGUGGAUUUAACACACCGUCUCAGCGAGGCUCAUCAGCCCACAUAUGACUCAAAGGUGGAGUUGAGUCGUCUUUUGAUGCAGGUGUCUCCUGACGAUGCAUACCGCUUUCUUUUGGAGAUACUGCAGCUCGGUGAUAACAACCCGUACAUUUGGUUUCUACUGGGCGAAUCUGCAAGACUUCGUAAACGCUACGCUGAUUCCGCACGACUUCUUCGCCGAGCACGCGUCAUGCUUACGAUGACUGAAAAUGGCGCGGAGGCAUUGAAAGAAGUGGAUAAGGCAAUCGGUGUGUUGGUGGAAGAGAUGGGCGGCCCGGCGGCGGUGGAGCAGAUUGCGGACUUGGAUCACCCCAACCCCAUUGAGCUGCUCAUGCAGGAGGAGGGGGAGGAAGCGGAGGAGAGGGACGAUGAUAACGAAGACAUGGAUAAACAAGAAUGGGAAUCAUGCGAUGACGAGGAUUGA